AUGCUGUCACUUUUCUCUGUAAAAUAUGAUGGUUUAUACAUACUCUGUCUUUGAGGAGCAAUGGAGCACAGAAGAUAAUUGGUCAAUAAAAACUGGUAACGUGCAUGUUUUAUAUACAGUACGUACGCGUAAGACGUGCAUGUGUUUCCAUAACGUGAUGCAAUGUGAUAAGAUUAGGCGCUCCGUUCCUAUCCGCCUCCAGCAGAGGUCGCCCUUCCCGGCCCUGGCGGACGUGCCGUGGCCGGGGUGAGAGGUCGGAGUGUAGAGGGCCAGCCUGGGCUUCACGCCUCUGUUGUCAUAGGCUCGGCUGUAUCACAGCAGCGCGAGAGCGGUCCCUGAACUGAUUAUCGGGGCUCUGGGACGGGAGAAGAGCGGCGAGACACGAUCCUAGCAGCUGGUUGUCUGCUCACGAGCUACCAGUUCCCGUCAUGGAAUAAGGCCACUGGAUGCGCCCCUCCGCCCCCCUCCUCAGCUGCACGGCGCCCCCGCCCCGUGGCAGUCAGCUGACCCUCCCCCCACGAUGACGGUGACCGAGAGGCUGCGACAGAAGAUCUCAGCCGCCUUCUACUGGCACGGCCUGCUGUGCGCCUCUUACCCCGUUCCCAUCAUCCUCUUCACCGCCGUCUGCAUCCUCGCAUGCUGUUACCCUCUGCUGAAGCUGCCCCUGCCUGGGGCGGGGCCGGAGAAGUUCACCACAGGAGUGCGUGAUUACACAGUGCCCCCAGAGGACCCUGGCGGGGAGCCCGGGGAGCGGCCCGAAUGGUACCACGGCCCCCCUGUGGCGUACAUCCAGCAGGUGCUGGUGAAGGCGGCGGUGUCUCCCUGGGACAGCAAGCUGGUCCCAGUGGAUGCUUUCAGGUCCCCGCUGGGACGCGUCUUCGCUCUGCUGGACGAGAUCCGCAGCCACGUGCACUCUGACAGUUCCGGGCUUCGAAGCCUGGAGGCAAUGUGCCUCCAGGUGACGGACCUGUUGCCUGGGUUACGGCGCUUGCAGACCAUUCUCCCAGAGCAUGGCUGCCUCAUAGUCUCCCCUGGCAACUACUGGCAGAACCAGCGGGAGCUGUUCGAUACGGACCCGGACCUGCUAAAGACGGUCCAGCAGCAUGAACCUAAAGGCCUGCAUGUGUCUGCCACCCUGAAAGACCUGUUGUUCGGUGUCCGUGGCCAGCAGACAGGGGUCAGCCUGAACAGUGGCAACCGCGUGGUCACCUACACCGUUACCAUGGCGCUGCGUAGCUAUGAUGCCAGGUUCCUGGGCAGCCUGAGGUCGCGUCUCAAGCAGCUGCACCCGUCGUCGAACUGCAGCCUGCGCGAGGAGCAUAUGGUGCACGUCUACUUCAAGGAGGAGAUCGGCGUGGCGGAGCUCAUCCCCCUGCUCACCACCUACAUCAUCCUCUUCGCCUACAUCUACUUCUCCACCCGAAAGAUCGACAUGGUCAGGUCCAAGUGGGGCCUUGCUCUGGCUGCUGUGGUGACGGUUCUCAGCUCACUCCUCAUGUCUGUGGGGCUCUGUACCCUCUUUGGCCUGACGCCCACACUCAAUGGAGGGGAGAUCUUCCCAUACCUGGUCGUGGUAAUCGGCCUGGAGAACGUGCUCGUCCUCACCAAGUCCGUGGUGUCGACCCCUGUUGACCUGGAGGUCAAACUGCGCAUAGCUCAGGGGCUAAGCAACGAGAGCUGGUCCAUUAUGAAGAACAUGGCUACUGAGCUGUGCAUCAUUCUCAUUGGAUACUUCACCCUGGUCCCAGCCAUUCAGGAGUUCUGCCUGUUCGCUGUGGUGGGGCUGGUCUCUGAUUUCUUCCUCCAGAUGCUUUUUUUCACCACGGUGCUCUCAAUCGACAUCCGUCGCAUGGAGCUGGCCGACCUAAAUCGCCGGCUUCCGGCCGAGGCGGGGAUGCCCCCUUCGAAACCCGGGCCUCUCCGGCCUCGUGAAACCCCGCCACCCCCGCGUCCCUCCCCCCACACAAUCACCCUGCAGCCCCCCGCCUUCCGGAACCUGCGGCUCCCCAAGAGGCUGCGAGUGGUGUACUUCCUGGCCCGCACACGGCUGGCCCAGCGCAUCAUCAUGGUUGGCACAGUGAUUUGGAUCGGCAUCCUGGUGUACACGGACCCGGCGGGUCUGCGCAUCUACCUGGCUGCCCAGGUGUCUGAGCAGAGCCCGCUGGGGGAGGCAGGGCUGCCCCACCUGGGCGUCGCCCCCGUCUUCCCGCGCGGUGACCCCACCAGCACGCUCAGCGUCCUGCCCCCUGCUGAGCCCACCCCAGCUCUGCCAGAGAACCUGUCCCAGGGACACGCCCCCCAGGCAGCAGGCCGGGCUGUGCCCCAGAUCCGCUGGGGCCCUGAGGACGGGGAAGCAUGGAAACAUCUGUCCUUCCGGCACUGGCCCCUGCUCUUCAGCUACUACAACAUCACCCUGGCAAAGAGGUAUAUCAGCUUCCUGCCAGUCAUCCCAGUGACGUUUCACCUGAGCCCACAGGAGGCGCUAGAGACACGGCACCCCCAUGACACGCACCAUGCCCCGCCCCCCCCAUCGAGCACAGCCCCUGACACGGAGGGCCCUCCCCUGCAGGCCGACAUGACGCUCUACAAGGUGGCUGCUCUGGGCCUGGCAGCGGGGGUGAUUUUAGUCCUGCUGCUCUUCUUCUUGUACCGUGUGCUCUGUCCCCGUAACUAUGGCCAGAACGGGGUGCAGCAUGGCCGCCGUCGCCGUGGAGACCUGCCCUGCGACGACUAUGGCUACUCUCCGCCCGUCAGUGAGAUUUCUCCGCUGCUGUUGCGGGGACACAGCAUGGACAUUGAGUGUCUGGCCAGUGAUGGGAUGCUGCUGGCCAGCUGCUGCCUAGCAGGGCAGAUCCGGGUAUGGGACGCCCAGACCGGGGACUGCCUGACUCUCAUCCCCAAUCAUGGGCUGCGUCACUGUGGUAGCGGCGGUGGGUGGGAGCAGAGGAAUGGCUGGGACAUGGGCGAGCUGGAAAGCCUGGGGGCCGAGGAUCCAGAUGAAGACGUGGCCCUCCUGAGGCGACGUGCUGCCCCGUCCUCGCGCCCCUCCCUCUUCGUGGACCAGCCCGAUCUCACCCCCCUCAUCGACACCAGCUUUGCCCGCCUGCCCCCUUCGCAGGCCACGUGCCACUCGGGCUUCGACUUCGGCGAGCUGGUGGAGCGGGCGUACCUGGAGCACGAGCCCUCGCCCAGCCCCACAUAUCCCCCCUCCCCCCACACACCCCCGCAGAGGCGCCGCAGCGUAGGGGACCAGCCCUUGGCUCCCCCAGAGCCAGCCUGCUGCAGCCCUCCUGAGUGGGACAGCUCUGUCUGGGCGCUGGAGCUCAGGGGAAACCUUAUUGCGGCUGGAAGGAGGAGUGGCCGGCUGGAGCUGUGGGAUGCUGUUGAAGGCAGCUUACGGUGCAGCAAUGAUGAAGGAGUUUCUGGGAUCACUGCGCUGGCCUUCCUGAGUAACCGGAUUGUGGCGGCCCGGCUCAACGGUUCUCUGGACUUCUUCACCGUGGACAUGAACAAGCCUCUGGGCUUGCGGCAGUAUCGGGGCACUCCUGGGAGGGGUAGCAUGCCCCCCCCGUCUCCCUGCUACAGCAGUGAGGAUGUCAUCAGCUGUCAGCUAACACGUUCUGUGCAGUGCGCCCACCACAAGCCGAUCACAGUGCUGCGAGCAGCGGCGGGCCGUGUGGUAACGGGCAGCCAGGACCACACCGUCAGGGUCUAUCGGCUGGAGGAUUCCUGCUGUCUCUUCACUCUACAGGGCCACUCAGGCGGCAUCACUGCUAUUUAUAUUGAUCAGACCAUGGUGCUGGCCAGUGGGGGUCAGGAUGGAGCCAUCUGUCUGUGGGACGUCCUGACUGGCAGCCGGGUCAGCCAUGUGUACGGUCACCGUGGUGAUGUGACUUCCCUGGUCUGCACGACGUCCUGUGUCAUUAGCAGCGGGCUGGACGACCUGAUCUGCAUCUGGGACCGGAGCACGGGCAUCAAGCUGUAUUCCAUCCAGCAGGAUGUGGGCUGCGGUGCCAGUCUAGGCGUCAUCUCAGAUGGGCUCCUGGUUACCGGCGGGCUGGGCUGCGUGUCCUUCUGGGAGCUGAACUACGGUGACCUCCUGCAGACGGUGUACCUGGGGCCCAGCAGCGAGGGCCAGGCCGUGCGACAGCUGCUGGUGCUGGACAACGCUGCCAUCGUGUGCGACUUCGGCAGUGAGCUCAGCCUGGUCUAUGUCCCCUCCGUGCUGGAAAAGCUGGACUGAGCCUGCCGCUGUUAUUCCUCCCUAUUUCCUGUCUUCUUCAUCGUGGCCACGCCCCCUUCUGAGCGAUCUGAGCACCUGACCAGUGGAGGGUGGCGGAGGCUGGGGCGGGGCUUGGUUUUCGGACCUGUGUGACCGCGGCCUCCCCCUGGAGGACUCCGCCGGAUGCUUCGGCUGCUGUGUUGUUACGGUUGUUUUUCCUGUACAGCCAUUGGUGCUGUAGGCGGCCCCCACCCACCCUAUUAGCCAAUGAGUGGCAGCCAUGGCAAACUGUUGGGUUAUAGUGAAUUGAGUGAGUGAGGUCAUUCAUUUAAAUUUAAAUUGUAUGUUAUGGAUUUCAGCUUUGUAUUGCUUUUAAUGGGCAUGGGGAGCAGUCAUGUGUGAGAUCUGGAAAUGAAUGUGCAAUGUUUAGCCCUGGACGCCUGGAAGACUGACCUUACGGACGGAGGGAAGCACAAGACUAAAAGCACGUCAGACCCUGUUUCAGUCCCCAGUACGUCUUGUGUGGCAUGAGAGGUUGUCCUGUGCACCUCCUGUGUGUGACAUGCACACCAAACGGUUCUGAUCCAGUUACACACCCCCACAUGGCGUAUUUCCACAGCAGUGCACAUGGUGUAAAUUAAUAGAAUUUUAAUAUAAGACCCUGGUGUUGGAGUAGUAAAUCAGGUAUGGAGAGAUGGGCCAGGGGAAAUUCUACAGAACCGGGCUGGUCUUCCUGCUGGUCACAGCACUCUGCUUGCAGAAAGACUUUUGUCAGGAUACAUAAUAUUUAUUAUUAUUCCUUUUUGGUUUAUUAGUCUUAUUAUUGUAACGGAGGUUGGAAGUCAGUCGGUAAUUAGCUACGCUGUGGGUUUUCAUAAAACCAGGAGACUGAGGCGACAGUGUACAUCCCCUGCCCCAUCCCUGCCUUUAUCUCCAUCCUUCUUGCUGUAUUUUAUCAGGCAUGGAAGAAUCACCGUUUAGUCCUUUACUGGAGUCUGGGACAUGAUAUGCUGUUUACUUUGUAGCCAUGAUCCACACAACCCACAUCCCAACUGGCUGCACCGCUGGCCCCAGCAAGCCCCCCCCAUGGCAUGUAAGACACGCCCAUCCCCACUACAGAACAAACGCAUGCAGCCGGACAGAAGCAGAUAUCGCCACACACUCACACGCAUCUGGACACCUGGUUAGAUGUAUGUUUGUGCUCAGACUGAUUCAGCAGGGUUGAGUGCACAGAGUAAGCAAAUUUCUACUGUAAUGCUUAUUUAUUAGUUUGUGUUCUGGAUUGUAUAUAUUAGCUGAGAGCUUUAAAAUAACUAGAGAAACUUUAUGUAUGUUAUUUUCAUUUUGUUUUUGGACUUGUGUUUGUAUUCAAGGCCAAUUUGUAAUUAUUGCCCUGUUGUGAUUUUCGGUUUAGUCGCGGGUUUCGGUUAGAGUCUCCAUCGCCAUCCCAUGUCAGUGCAUCCGCGUUCCUCCUCAAAUCACUGUCACUCUUGUGAAUUCUGCUUUUGCUGCAGGCUGUUCCAGCUCAAACAUGAAACUUUUCUAUUCACCCUCCAAAUAUUUUUAAAUGGAAGGACCGAGGAGCAUUAUACUUCAUUUCUACAUUUAAAUGCAAAAAAAAUCUCCUAUAUAUGAGGCUGGGAAAAAGCCCAACUGGACCAGGACCUGAAGGAGGAUAGGUUUGCGACCCCAAACGAAUUGUGCUGUCUGAUAUUCCCCCCCUCGUCCCCCAUCCCGAGCACAAGGCCGCAUGAUUGUACUCUAGAGAUGUAACUAAUCUUCUGUACUAUUUUUAAACAAAGGAGGACUUUAUACUAAUUUACAAAUAAAAGGCUUUGAUAUAGCA